AUGUUUCUCAUUUUUCAAGUUUCUAUUUAUUUUUAUAUUUCUCCUUUUUUCACAUUUUUCUUUUUUCCACAUUUGUCUUUUUUCACACUUUUAUUUUUUUCGCAUUUCUCCUUUUUUGAUAUAUCUCUUUUUUCACAUUUCCCAUUUUUCACAUUUCUCUAUUUUGUCACAUUUCUCUUUUUCCCAUUUCUCUUUUUUUUUGUCACAUUUCUCGUUUUUUCACAUUUCCCAUUUUUUCACAUUUCUCUAUUUUGUCAGAUUUCUUUUUACCCAUUUCUCUUUUUUGUAACAUUUCUCGUUUUUCACAUUUCUAAUUUUUUUUUAACAUUUCUCAAUUUUGUCACAUUUCUCUUUUUCACAUUUCCCCUUUUGGUCACAUUUCUCGUUUUUUCACAAUUCCAAUUUUUAUUCACAUUUCUCGUUUUUUCACAUUUCCCAUUUUUUUCACAUUUCUCCUUUUUUCACAUUUCCCAUUUUUUUCACAUUUCUCCUUUUUUCACAUUUCCCAUUUGUUUCACAUUUCUCGUUUUUGUCACAUUUCUCUUUUUUCCAUUUCCCUUUUUUGUCACAUUUCUCGUUUUUUCACAUUUCCCAUUUUUUACACAUUUCUCGUUUUUUCACAUUUCUCUAUUUUGUCACAUUUCUCUUUUUCACAUUUCCCUUUUUGGUCACAUUUCCCAUUUUUUUUCACAUUUCUCUAUUUUGUCACAUUUCUUUCUCCCCAUUUCUCUUUUUUGUCACAUUUCUCGUCUUUCACAUUUCCAUUUUUUUUUCACAUUUCUCUAUUUUGUCACAUUUCUCUUUUUCCCAUUUCCCUUUUUGGUCACAUUUCUCGUUUUUUCACAUUUCCAAUUUUUAUUCACAUUUCUCGUUUUUUCACAUUUCCAUUUUUUUCACAUUUCUCUAUUUUGUCACAUUUCUCUUUUUCCCAUUUCUCUUUUUUGUCACAUUUCUCGUUUUUUCACAUUUCCCACUAUUUUUACAUUUCUCGUUUUUUCACAUUUCCCAUUUUUUUUUUCCCAUUUCUCUAUUUUGUCAGAUUUCUCUUUUUCCAUUAAUCUUUUUUGUCCCAUUUCUCGUUUUUUCACAAUUCCAAUUUUUUUCACAUUUCUCCUUUUUUCACAUUUCUCGAUUUUUCACAAUUCCCAUUUUUUUUUUCACAUUUCUCGUUUUUUCACGUUUCUCUUUUUCCCCAUUUCCCUUUUUUGUCACAUUUCUCGUUUUUUCACAUUUCCCAUUUUUUCACAUUUCUCUAUUUUGUCGCAUUUCUCUUUUUCACAUUUCCGUUUUUGGUCACAUUUUUUUCACAUUUCACAUUUUUUCACAUUUCUCUAUUUUGUCACAUUUCUCUAUUUUGUCACAUUUCCCUUUUUGGUCACAUUUCCCAUUUUUUUCACAUUUCUCGUUUUUUCACAUUUCUCUAUUUUGUCACAUUUCUCUUUUUCACAUUUCCCUUUUUGGUCACAUUUCCCAUUUUUUCUCAUUUCUCUAUUUUGUCAUGUUUCUCUUUUUCUAUAUUUCUCUUCUUUUUUCAUAUUUCACUUUUUAUUUUAA